GGCCGGCGCGACGGUGAUGGCGGCGGUGCUGGCGAGGGGCUUGGCGCGCGGCUGGGCUGCGCGGGGCGCGCUGUGCGCGGGGCAGCGGCGGGCGGCGGCGGCAGCGCCCGGCGGGCAGGACGGGGAGGUGGGCAAGGCGCGGCGGGCAGCGGCGGCUAGCGAGAGGGCGGGCGGGCAGCCCACCAUCUUCAGCAAGAUCAUCGCCCGCAGCGUGCCGGCCACCAUCCUCUACGAAGAUGACAAGUGUCUGGUCUUCCGCGAUGUGGCCCCCCAAGCCCCCGUUCACUUCCUGGUGAUCCCCAAGCGCCCCAUCCCCCGCAUCAGCAGUGUGGGUCCCCAGGACACAGAGCUCCUGGGGCACUUGCUGGUGGUGGCAGCACGCACGGCGCAGGCGGAGGGGCUGGUGGAGGGCUACCGCCUCGUGAUCAACGACGGGAAACAUGGUGCCCAGUCCGUGUACCACCUGCACCUCCAUGUGCUGGGGGGGCGGCAGAUGGGCUGGCCCCCUGGCUAAGCCCACCGCCCACCCACUGCCCCCCAAUAAAGCAUCUCCUUGGCAGAG